AUGCCCGACCGACCCUCAUACCUGAAAGUAUUGAUCGCUUUUGAUCCGCCAUUGGCUCCACCACGUAUGCAACCUCCAGACCGUUUGGAAUCUGUCGAAAACGAUAAGAUUGUGGCACAGUGCCAAGCAUGGACCAGAGCUUGCACAUCAAUAGAUGAUAGCCGUCGCUAUGCUGCACUUGUCACUGACAUCAAUGGUAAAGCUGUGUUGGCUUGCAGAUUCCUUGCUCCAGUGCGACCUCCGCAAUCCGUUCCGCAUCCGGGCGCAAAUCCGCGACGCACUGUAGAAGUUGCCGCUCGACUAGUCAGCCAGAUACCAUUUGUUGCCGAUCCAGCGUUGUUUCCCGGCUCCACGGAUCUUUGGACUACUAUAGAGAAGUUCCUCUCACUUGGCUGUGGUGAUGAAGAGGAACAUGCUGUGUUGCUCUGCUGUUGGUUGCUCUCCUUACAGAUUCCAAGCUGUCUAGUCUUAGGUUUUGCCCUUCCGGAAGGCUCUAAGGCUGCCUAUGUCUUCACUAAUCUACCGGAUGGCAUCUACUUGGUGAAUCCUUGCGAUGGUUCCGUCUACCCAUCGACGGAUGCGAUGUGCCCAUUGGCUAGUGUCGGUACGGUAAUCACACCGAAAAAUGUUUACGGUAACAUACAGUCAUAUGGACAUCCGAGUCAACUACAGUUUGACCUAAAUUUAUCAAAUCUUUCAGAUGCAUUUUUUGUGAUUUAG